AUGUUCAUAGUUUUGUCCGCUCUAUUCGGGUUUGCGACAUUAUUGCGACUUCCAAACAAAUCGACUCCUCUGGGCGAUUCUAAUUCUUACUUCGGCGGUCUGUCCGGGAAACAAGUUAACUGGUCUCGAUUUGCAUACACCCAAUAUGCUACCGAUAGAUCAUAUCUGUGCAACUCGCUCAUGAUUUUCGAGGCUCUUCAACGCCUUGGAAGCAAAGCCGAUCGUGUGUUGAUGUACCCAUACGAUUUCCUCUUGUCUGAGAACGAUAGUUCACCUGAAGCUCGUUUACUUCGCUUCGCAAGGGACAAAUAUGCAGUCAAACUCAAGCCAAUCGAAGUAGUGAGGAAGGGUGGGGGAGGUGAUUCAGAUGCAACCCUUCUGCAGGCUAUGGACGAGCUGUUCCUGCUCCCGCCUGGCUCGGUCGCUAUGCCACGGGCCUACUGGUUAGAUCCAAAGGAUCGAGUCUUUACAUCUUCGCUAAUGCUCGUCCAACCGUCUAAAACUGAGUUCGGUCGCGUAAGGGAUGAAAUUGCCAACGCUACGUCUGACGUAUACGACAUGGAGAUUAUGAACAAGUUAUAUGGAGAUAGUGCGCUCGUCGUACCGCACCGUCCUUACACUCUUCUGACUGGAGAGUUCCGCUCUAACAAUCAUGAAACCUACCUGGGCAAUACAGACGAAUUGUGGGAUGCGGAGAAAAUCCUCAAAGACGCUAAAUAUUUACAUUUUUCAGACUGGCCAGUUCCUAAGCCAUGGGUUCCGGCCACUCAUGAUAUGAUCAACAAAACGCAGCCUCCUUGUGAAAUAAAUCCUGCGACUGGCCAACAAGAUGACUGCCGCCUCCGGGAAAUUUGGUUAGGGAUAUACAAGGACUUCAUGGCCAGACGACUUAGUAUAUGUGGCACUGCUCUUCAAAAGGAAUAUCCAUGA